AUGGUGAAUUCGUUCCCAGGCCUUGUACACAGCGCCCGUCACACUAUGGGAGUUGGUCAUGCCCGAAGUCAUUACCUUAACCACAAGGAGGGGGAUGCCGACGAAGGCAGGGCUAGGUUUGAAACCAAACGAAUCCUCAGGAGGAUAGAUGGGGCGAUUCAGGUGAGAUCCAAUGUAGAUCCAACUUUCUCUUCACUCGUGGGAUCCGGGCAAUCCGGGGGGACCACUACAGCUCCUCUCUUCUCGAGAAUUCAUACAUCCAUUAUCAGUAUAUGGACAGUUAUAUCUCGAGCACAAGUUUAG